AUGGGUUUCGGCGCCAAAGAAAAGACCCCCGAGGAGGUCGCACACAUCCCGCCUCAGCUCUCCGACCUGCACUGCUUCACAGAGACAGAAGGAGUCAUUACAACCACCAUGAUGGACCUGCCAGGGUACCGCGUCGAAAAGGUCCUCGGCACCGUCUACGGCAUCAGCGUGCGGUCGCGCAACAUCGCCGCGAGCCUGGGCAUGGUGAUGAAGAGCUUCGCGGGCGGGGAGCUGCGCUGGUUCACCUCGAUGCUGUACUCGUGCCGCAACGACUCCAUCAGCCGCGUCGUCGACGAGUGCAAGCGCCGCGGCGGCAACGCCAUCAUAUGCCUGCGCUUCGACGCCGGCGACAUGGGCGGCUUCGCCCAGACCGCCGCGUACGGCACCGCCUGCAUCGUCCGGCGCAUCGACGAGUCUGUUGAGGUGCCGCCGCAGCUCGCCGCGGCUUGA